CUCAGCUUAUUUAUUUUACCUAUGUGAAAAAGUCACGCGAUGUUCUUAAAUUUCAUUGCUAUAAAAGGACCAAAUUUUUAAAUUUAUAAAGGCAGUCUAAAAAAUGAAGUCAGCGACUUUAAUUUUAUUUGUGGUGCUAGUUGCGCUGACAUACGCCAGAAGCUAUGAAGAUAUAAAAGAAGAAAUCAAAAAUGAAGUUGAAAAGGAAAUUUUAGACGAUCUUGAAGAGGAAAAUGAUGAGUUCGAUGACAACGCUCAAGAAGUUAAUGAUCCAAGAGCACGAAGAUGGCGCCGGAUCAUCCGUCGAAUUCGUGUCAAACCGUUAAUUCCAUAUAUACCACGCAUGAUAAAAGCUUACCAAACCGGCAAAAAGUAAAAGCAAAAAUAAAUGAGAAAAGUGAAUGAUUGUGUGAAACUUUUUUUUGUAAUAAAUAAAUAAAAAUAUUUUUUUGUUGAUCUUUCAUUUAUUUCUAAUAACUUUCAGGUAUAAAAUAUGUUAGAUAAAAGUAUUGUUAGAUAAAAAAUAUAAUUUUGUAACAUAAAAAAAUUUCAAUAGCAGAUAUUCGUGAAAGAUCAAGUCGCUCUGACACUAAGAGCCGCUGAAAAAUACAAGAAAUAAAUGAAACAAGAAUAUUUUUA